AUGUAUUCUACCAAUCGUUUACUACAGCUUUCGCUGGUUGCUGGACUAGUAGCUGGUGUCAAUGGAGAUAUUGUUGCCACAGGCACAAACUUCUCUUUGAGCGGCGCUGAUGUUUCAUAUCGCUUCCACGUCGAUCCUCGAUCUGGUGACCUCGUCUCCGAUCACUUUGGUGGACCAGUAGACGAUUUCACAGGUCCUGCUCAAAUCUCAAACAGUGGCUGGUCAACUGGACUUGACAAUAUCGGCACUCCUGGCUUGACCAAUGUUCGUCGCGAGUUUCCAGACGUCGGCCGUAGCGAUUUCCGUCUUCCUGCCAUUCACAUCAGUCAUGCUGAUGGUGAUACUGUUUCUGCCUUCACAUACCAGAGCCAUCAGAUCGUUCAAGGCAAGCCCGCGCUCAUUGGACUUCCCGCAACAUAUGGCAAUGCUGGAGAUGUCACUACCUUGAUCGUCAAGCUUUACGACAACUACUCAGAUGUGUCUGCUGCUCUGUCGUACUCAGUAUUUCCCGAGUAUAAUGCCAUUGCAAGAAGUUUCCAGAUCACCAACAAUGGCACCAACAACAUCUCCAUCGAGAGAGCAGCAAGUUUCAGCACCGACUUGCCUAACCUUGACCUGAAGAUGCUCGAGUUGCAAGGCGAUUGGUCUCAUGAAGCCAACAGGGUCAUCAGGAAUGUCGACUUUGGAGAGACUGGCUUCAGAAGUACCGAAGGAUACUCCUCGCAUGUUCACAAUCCNUUUUUCGCACUCCACUCGCCAACCACCACCGAGACCACUGGCGAAGCUUGGGGAUUCAAUCUCGUCUACACUGGCAGUUUUGCAGCGACUGCUGAAAGAUUCUCUCACGGCUUUGUUCGUGUCUUGCUUGGCUUGAAUCCACUUCAUGCUAGUAUACCCGUUGGACCUGGCGAGACAUUCCAAUCUCCCGAAGCUGUUGGCAUAUAUUCAUCUCAGGGUAUUGGAGGCAUGUCAAGAUCCUUCCAUGAUCUGUACCGCAAUCAUCUCUCCAGAUCGAAGCACACUUUCGAGACGAGGCCAGCUCUCCUCAACUCUUGGGAAGGUCUUGGUGCUGACAUCAAUCAAACUUCGCUGGAGAAUCUUGCUCAGGAAACUGCUGAACUUGGUAUCAACUUGUUUGUCAUGGAUGAUGGAUGGUUUGGUACUGCACCAUAUGCACGCACGAACGAUACUGCUGGUCUUGGAGACUGGACACCGAAUCCUGCUCGGUUCCCUGAUGGUCUCGGCCCAUACGUUGAUGCUGUUGACAGCUACGCAGUGGCAAACACAACCAAGGAUCUUUCAUUCGGAAUCUGGGUCGAGCCUGAGAUGGUCAAUCCCAACUCUACUCUAUAUCACGAACAUCCUGAUUGGGUUAUGCAUGCCGGUAGACAUGUGCGCACACUUACCCGCAAUCAGCUGGUCUUGAACCUCGGACUCCCAGAAGUGCAAGAUUAUCUCAUCAAUGCCAUUUCCAACGUCAUAAAGUCUGCCAAUAUCUCUUACAUCAAGUGGGACAACAACAGAGGUAUUCACGAGAUGUCGUCGCCUGCUGCAGACUAUGCAUACACACUAGGCAUGUACCGUGUCAUGGACAACUUGACAGGUUCUUAUCCUUCGAUCCUCUGGGAAGGCUGUGCUUCAGGAGGUGGUCGCUUUGACGCAGGCAUCUUGCACUACUACCCUCAAUCAUGGACAUCUGACAACACUGACGCCUCGGAUCGCCUGACUAUUCAGAUGGGUACUUCACUCGCAUAUCCUCCAUCUUCAAUGGCUUGUCACGUAUCAAAGGUUCCUAAUGGCUUGACCAACCGCAAUAUCUCGAUUGAGUAUCGUGCACACGUUGCAUUGAUGUGCGGUUCUUUCAGNUUCGAGCUCAAUCCUGUUGAUCUCAGUGCAGAAGAACGUGCGGCUAUUCCUUCUAUCCUUGCUACGCAUGAGAAGAUCAAUCCAAUCGUCAUCUCUGGGUCAUUCCACCGCAUUGCAUGGCCCGGUGACACGAACUGGCCUGCUGUACAGUUUGUUUCUGAAGACGAGAAUACAGCAGUGGUGUUCGCAUUCCAGCAACAAGCCAUGAUCAAGCCUGCACCACCGCCAUUGAGGAUGCAGGGUUUGAAUGCCACGGCAAGAUACUCGAGCAAUUUGUACAAUGGCACGCUAAGCGGAAACACGUUGAUGAAUGGCGGAUUGAAUUUGGCAUGGCAGAUUGCUGAUUAUCAGAGCAUGUUGAUUUGGCUGUACAAAGAGUGA